AUGCUGGAGUUGCUUGAUGAUGGCGCCGAUGCGAGACGAGUGGCAGAGUACGUAGAAGGGGUAAUCUUGGAAGUAAUUCUCCAUCAGUCCUUAUGCGUGCAUUUUGAAAAUGGGCUGAAAUUCUCUGUGCAUUGGGCUACAAGCACCACUUGGCUCAAAGCCCUCCUCUACUCCGUUAUCAAUCGCCCCAGCUCCAUAAAUCAGUUAGUUAUCAACCACUCCCAUGAGCUUGUCCCAACCCUCGAAAUGCAAGUCUAUGGACGACCGGUUGAUAAUUCCCCUCCUGGCCAUUUUCCUUCCAACACCUCGUCAUCCACUAGCAUUUUGAGCACUCAUAUACCAUACCAGAUCCUUGGUGAAACUUUGAAUUCAUCGGACUGUCGGGUUGUCUAUGUUGCUAGAAAUCCCAAGGAUACCCUCAUUUCGCUGUGGCAUUUUGAAAAUGCAAUGUAUCUGGGGCAAAAAAGGGAGCCCCAGCCAUUAGAUAAUAUUGUCUCCAAUUUAUGCGAAGGGACUGUGGUUUUUGGGCCUUUCUUUGAGCAUGUGUUGGGGUACCAGAAAGAGAGCUUGGAAAGGCCCGAGAAAUUCUUCUUUAUAACGUAUGAGGAAUUGAAGAGUAAUCCCAUUACUCAUGUGAAGAGAUUGGCCGAGUUCUUGGGUUGUCCUUUUGUGGGUGAGGACAUGGAAAAGCAAGUGGAGGAGGUGGUGAGGAGUUGUAGUAUUGAGACUUUGAAAAAUCAUGAGGUGAAUAAGUCUAGUGAUGUGCCGAGUUGGUCUAUGGUGCCAUAUGAUGCCUUCUUCAGAAAAGGGCUGGUUGGGGAUCACAUGAAUUACUUAACCAAGGAUAUGAUCGAGCGGAUAGAUGCAAUUACGAGGGAGAAAUUUCACGGGGUCAAUCUUUGGGGAGAAAAUUAG